AUGGCUUCCCUCUUCACAUGGCUCCGGCGGCUUUACUCGCUCGAUACCCUUGACACUCGUUUCACGGCCACUGCCAUCACCCCUACAAAUGCCAAUGUCAACUCCAAUUCCAACUCCGACACGCGACCCGCCGCAAAAGAUGCCCGCGCCAGCUCCAUCGCCCAGAAUGCCCGUGCAUCACUCUGGCACACACCUGAGUUCUUCAUCUACUACCUUUUCUUUAUUACACUCGUCCCGUUGAUGUUCAAGACUGUGAUUGAUGCCUCGAAGGAAAGCAAUCCUGCCUACACUGCAUACUCCGACCUACUAUCGCCAGGCUGGAUUCCAGGUCGUUUAGUCGACAACUCCGAUGCUCAGUAUGCAAGCGUCCGUGACAACAUCCCCUACCUCUUCCUCCUCCUCAUCGCGCACCCUUUAGCCCGCAGAGUCUAUCAGUCCUUUGCGAGCCGACCCAAUAUUGGAACAAAGUCCCCGGUGGCCGCCGCCGGCGAAGUGCAACUCGAUCAGCGCAUGCGCUUUGAUUUUGCAUUUGGAAUGAUCUUCAUCGUGGCACUUCAUGGGAUCUCAGCUUUGAAAGUGUUUUUGAUCCUAUUUAUCAACUACCGAAUUGGGAAAAGUCUUCCUCGAGCUUAUGUUCCCGCUGCGACAUGGACUUUCAAUAUCGGCAUCUUGUUCGCGAAUGAAUUACUCGGCGGAUAUCAACUGGAGCCCAUUGCCAUGUUCUUCUCGCCCGGAUCUGGAACGCCAGUAGAGAAAAGUACCCUACUGAUACAAUGGGCUCGGUCAUUGGAUGAUAUGGGGGGGACAUUUGUCGAUCGUCAACUGACCGAGUUCCACAAGAAGAAACAACUCGACCCCGCAACUCUCUCUGACAGAGAUCGUGUCAAGAUUCCAGCGGAGCCAACAGCUUUCACCCCGCGCAACUAUGUCGCCUAUGUUCUUUAUUCGCCAUUAUACUUGGCUGGCCCCAUCUUGACCUUCAACGACUACGCGUCCCAACAGCGAUAUACUGCGCCUUCACUGACCCGCACCCGCACCAUCCUUUACGGCGUCCGUUUCUUCCUCACUUUCCUCUGCAUGGAGCUCAUACUACACUACAUCUACGCAGUGGCUAUUUCAAAAGCCUCGCCAAACUGGUCGAUCUUCACUCCGGGCCAACUCAGUAUGCUGGCCUUCUUCAACCUCCACAUCAUCUGGCUGAAGCUACUCAUCCCCUGGCGAUUCUUCCGCCUCUGGGCUCUCGUUGACGGAAUCGACCCUCCGGAGAACAUGGUCCGCUGCAUGUCUAACAACUACUCUGCCUUUGCCUUCUGGCGCGGCUGGCAUCGCUCCUUCAACCGUUGGAUUGUGCGAUACAUCUAUAUCCCUCUCGGUGGUGGCGGCGGUGGUCAUCGCCCUGCCGGAGCGAAGCCUUCCUCGUCACCACCCUCUUCAGGCCUCAUGUCCAAGGGUCUGCAGAUCCGCAACUUCUUGUUGGUCUUCACCUUUGUCGCUCUUUGGCACGAUAUCAACCUUCGUCUUUUGAUGUGGGGCUGGCUCGUGACGCUCUUCGUUCUGCCCGAAGCCCUCGCUGGCAUGAUGUUCCCCGCUAAGCGCUGGCGUUCUCGUCCGACAGCGUACCGUGUUCUGAGUGGCGUGGGGUCUGUUGCCAACAUUCUCAUGAUGAUGAUUGCUAAUCUUGUCGGGUUCGCCCUUGGCUUGGACGGUCUAAAGGAUUUGCUUGCAGGUUUGACUGGAUCAUAUGCCGGCGUUGCGUAUAUGUUUUCCUGCUGUGCUGUGCUUUUUGUUGGUGUACAGGUCAUGUUUGAGAUUCGGGAGGAUGAACUGCGCAUGGGUAUCAACCUGAAGUGUUGA